UGAGACAGUAGUGGAGGAAAGGAUUACUGCAGCUUUUAAAGCCUGGAUUUUUUUUUUCGAAACCAAUAUUGUGGUAUAUUUUCUUAUUAUUCAGCAGCAGUAAUCAAUCUGCCUUUCAUAAAGUGACCCAGAAACACAAGAGUACAGUCAUCGUUUUAUUGGGGACUGGGUUUGGUGAAUAUUAAGCAAUAAAGCGUUAGAGAUUAUUGGCGAGUCAGGAGAUUACAGUGAGAUAGCAGAGUGUAAAUAAAUAAUCACAGUAAAGCGGGUUACGGACAGACUAUCACGAGCUAAAUAAGGCGAAGGCAAGUGAGGUGGCUGCUGGUCACCUAACCUGACUCCGAGAUGCCUACCUCAACGUUUAAGAACAAACUGGUCAUGAUGCUCUGCUGUAAGUUCUGUGAGAGCUCUCUGUGUGCCCGGGGUAUGAGGGCUGUCUUACUGGCAGACACUGACAUUGAGCUCUACUCCACUGACAUCCCACCCACCAGGGCCGUGGACUUUGUGGGUAAUUGUUAUUCCACAGAAAGCUGCAAAUGUAAAAUAAAGGACAUCGCGUGCUUAAAAUGUGGUAACGUGGUAGGUUACCAUGUGGUCAUCCCGUGCAAACCUUGUCUCCUGUCCUGUAACAACGGCCAUUUCUGGAUGUUUCACAGCCAGGUGAUCUGUGCUGUCAACAGGCUGGAUCCCGCUGGUGUGGAGCUGCUGUUGUGGGGGAAUCUGUCAGACACAGAGGCCGAGGAGGAGGAUGAUGACAGCCUGUGUGAAGAGGAGUGUAUCAGAUGAUGGUGUGAACGUGUCACACAGCUUCUCAGCUUCGCAGUUACUUUGCAAU